UGCUGUUUAUACAGGCAUCGAAAGGACGUGAGGAAAAAGAAAAAGGACAAACAAAGAUGCAGAAUCUACUGUUGCAGAUUUUGAUGGGUCACUUUUUUUUUGUCAUGGGUCAAGUCCAUCAGUACGAGUUUAUUGAUACCACAAAAUCCUGGGAGGAAGCCCAAAAAUACUGUAGAAGUAAUUACACGGAUCUGGCCACAGUGCCUAAUGUGAAGUUUAUGAAGAAACUACAAAACACAAUAAACGGAACAGCCGGAGGUGAAGCCUGGAUUGGGCUGUACAACAAACCACAACCAACGCAGACAUGGAGAUGGUCUCAGCCAGAGAUGGAGAUGGAUGCCGUCCCCUGGGCAACGGAUGAGCCAAAUAAUAAAGAAGGACCAGAAAACUGUGGAUUCAUUUCCGAUAAAGUACUAGUGGGGGACAUAAAAUGUUCUUCAAAACGUAAAUUUGUCUGCUAUGAUGAAAAACAACAAGGCCAUGAUAAAUUUUAUUUCAGUGACAUUGAAGUGAAAUGGGAAGAUGCUCAGAAUGAAUGCAGAAAUAGAUCUAUCAACUCAGAAUUGGUCAGUGGUAACACACAGUUAGACGAAAUCAAGAUUUACCCGGGAAUUAAUUUCACUGAAUCUGAAUCCAAGUAUUGGAUUGGGUUAUUCCAAGACACCUGGAGAUGGUCAGACAACAGUAACUCCUCUUACAGAAACUGGAAAACAUUUUGUGAAAAUGAUAACCCUGAAAAAAAAUGCGAUGAGACAUGUGCUGCAGUGAUUCUGGAAGAAAAAACAGGAAAAUGGACACAAACAGACUGUAGUAAAGCUCAACCUUUCUUCUGCUACAAAGAUAAUACAAUACUGCAAAAGGAUGAAAAGUCUUGGGAUGAAGCCUUUCGCUACUGCAGAAAAAAACAUUCGGACCUGGUCUCCAUUGUCAGCCUUGAAGAUCAGAGCUGGAUUCAGGAAAAGGUCAAGAACGCCAGCACUGAGUACGUAUGGCUGGGACUGCAGUACAGUUGUUCACUUGAUUUGUGGUUUUGGCUCAAUGACAUGAUCAGCGAGGAGGACUUGUUUGAAGAAGGAAGACCGGAAUGUGACACGGUUGUGGCCAUGAGUAAAGAGGGCAAAUACAAGAUGGUCCGAAAAUCUGAAAAUAAAAAAUAUAACUUCAUUUGCUCCCUGAACUACAGCGACACUGGUCAAGGACUAAGUUUUUAUGGUUUGCAGUGUGCCAAAGACGAUGAAGAUGCUGCAUUGAAAUAUCCUUGAAUAUAACACUGUUUUUUCUAUAGAAAUUGCUCAGACAUGCAACAUCCAAAUGUCAAGCAUCACAUAGCAAUUACUGACAGCAGCAAUGUGUCUCUGAAUCCUUUCCAUUUUUCAUUAUUUCAUUUGUGUAGGGAGGAACUGUCUAUACCAGAAAAAGAAAAAUGACACUUUCAAACCCCAAAUCCCACACAGCAAUAGGACUGUACACCAAAGACAAAAUAGCACUAAAUAUUUGGAAUGAAUAAUGAGUGAUAUGAUAUACAGAAAAGCACGACUACUAGCCAAAAGCAAAUUGAUAAUCAGGGUUAACAAUAUGUAAUGUAAUUACAUGGAUGAAAAUUACCUCUAGGAAUAAAUAUAGGGGGUUGGUAAAACUGCAGUAAUCUUUAUUACUUUUGUUUCAAAUUAAGCAUUUGAAAUUUUAACAUACAGCUAAUUUUGUUCUCCAUCCUUUGAUUAACUUGGUUGUCAUGAUUUACUUCGAGCAGCAGAUGUCGCUGGUGAACACACCAUUAAUAAACUCAAUAAAGUGGAAACCAAAGCAAACUUCUCUGUUUCCACCAAACAGCAGCUCUCUUUUCAAUGAUGCAUUUCACUGAAACUUACCGAGGGAUGAUUUCUAAAUAACUAACAUGCUCUAAAUGACUAACUUGCUCUUCCUGACACUUGAGCAUCUGUUGAUCUUGCUACCAACAAUAGACAUUGGCCACCUGACAAAAAUUCAUUUUUUUCAAAUGUUAAACAGCUGCUUGGUGUGCCGCUGACAUUGGUCAUAGGUUGUUCUAGCUUCAGUGCUGGUGUGAUGACUGACCCCUGUGAAGUUGCACCGCUGGAUUAGGGAAAGUUGCCCUGAAGUCACGGUUAAGGUCAUGAUGUUAAGGACAUGGAUCACAUGUUCACAGGCUAAACAGUUAACCGCUUUUUCCAUAUAACAGUGCUUUGUUGAAGUAUAACUUCGAACUAGUUUGUGUUUUUAACUUGGUUAUUUUUUGCAACAUUGCUGUAAAUUAGAAAAUGCGCACUGAAAUUUAAGCUACACCACUGCUAUGAAAUAAUGUGAUAUGAAUUUUCUUUAUUGUUUACUUAAUGCAUGUCACUUUGGUGACUUGUCAGAUGAUAUUCAUGUUAAAUGUUUUGGCUCCACCCUAAUUGGUAUUUGAUUACUUUAUUAAUAAACUGAAAUUAAGAAAGAAGAAAAGCUGGAUAGAUUUUAGAAAGCUACUGAUGCAAAAUGUAGCUUGUAAUGAAUGCCCUGAAACAAUGAUUUGGUAUUGGUAUGAUUUCAGUAAUAUCAAAAUUAAAAUUCAAUUGACCUUGUAGUAUUUGAAGAAUGUGUUAUUUGGACCAUUAUUUAAAAGUAAUUUUACUUAGCUGAUAGAUGUGUAAUUCCUGAUAUCAAAGCAUUGUAUUAAUUGUUGUAAAUACUCUGAAAGAAAGUUGUGAUUUAUUGCUUUUCAUACAUAUUCAAAAGCAAUUCUUGAUGGGGUUUUUUUCUAUUAAACAUUCAAACUCUAGACAAGGAAAACAGUAAAAAUCUGCACUUUGCUAAAUAUAUUUCUGCCAAUUUAAAUGACCUAUCAUGACAUGUAACUUUUUGUCUUUCUUUUUUUUUCUUUACCAUUUCCCUCCUUUCCCCUUACUCUUCAGACAAAAUUGUUAUCUGAGAUUAUGUACACUGAAUGUGCUUUGCAUUGUUGACUGGCUAACAAUCUGUUAAAAAAUUAAUAAAAUCUCAAGAAGGAGGAAAAAAAAUAAGCAUGGAACAUUGACUGUGCUGGUACUGAAAACGUACCGGAUAGGAAGUAAAACACUAGAUCCUGAUGGAAAACCACACAGCCAAUCUUUUUCACAGAAAAAUGCCUGUAAGUGACAUUAGCCUGUAUCCAACAGCUGCAAUAGGAGCUUGUGUUUAUUAACCUGUCUAAUGGCAAGCCUGCAUGUACAGUAGAUGUUGCUGCUUCUUCGUAAAUCAGUUUUCUCCAGUAAUUGCUUGUAUUGAUAUGAGAAAUAUAACCAAAAAAAAAAAUACAAUAGAAUAGUCUUUAUUAAUCUCACAGCGGAAUAAUUUACAGGUGCAGAGGCUCGUAGGACACACAGGGGGGUGCAAAAGGUGAUGAAAGGUCCAAAUAAAGAAUAAGUAAUAGUGCAAAUCGUAGUCAGAAUAAUAGAAAACUCAAGAAAGAAAAGAUCUAACUUCAUGUACAACAUAAACCUUAAACUAUAACAGGAACUAUAUGUUUUCAGUUCAGCAGAAUGAAUGGUUAUGAAGUGUCCAUGAUAGCUUAAGGGGGUUAUAAAGUGACCAUGAUUGCAGGAUCUUAUAAUGACCAGGGUUAUUGCAACAUUCUACACAGUAGAGUUGUACAGUCUGACAGCGGUGGGGAUGAAGGACCUGCGGUAGCGCUCUUUCCUGCACUGAGGGUGUCUCAGUCGGCCACUGAAGGAGCUGCUCAGCUCCUCUACCAUCCGGUGCAGUGGUUGAGAGCUGUUGUCCAUAGUGGAUUUGAGCUUGGCCAACAUCCUCCUCCCACCCACAUCCUCCACAGAGUCCAGUGGGCAGCCCAGGGCAGAGCUGGCCCUCCUGACCAGCUUGUUGAGUCUCUUCCUGUCCUGCUCUGUGCUGCCCGGGGCCCAGCAGAUGCCGACGCAGUGGAUAGCAGAGGCUGCCACAGAGUUAUUUCAUUUAUAAAACACCAACCACCCAUUUGUUUCUAAUUAUUUCACUUUGUCCAAAACCCAAAAAGUUAUCGUGGGCAUGUGUAUAGACAUUUGGUGAUCCUGCUUUGCUAAUGAGUCAGUAACAUGUCAAAUUAUGAAUUUCUUCGGGUUGGUCAGAAAACCAGUCUGCAUGUGCUGCAGCCACCAUCAUUUACCUCAAGCAGUGCAACACAUCUCCUUGUCAUAGGCACUUGAUUAUGGCUUGUGGAAUGUUGGCUGCACAAAGUUUCUGGAUAUUGGUAACCUUGGAACUGGAGCUCGCUGUCGUAUAUGCCGAUACAGAACAUAUCAAACAUGCUCAACGGAUGACUUGUUUAGUGAGUAAGCUGGCCAUGCAAGAAUUGAAGUGUUUUCAACUUCAAGGAAUGGUGUUCAGGUCAUUUAAUGUGGUGCUUUGCAUUAUCCUGCUUCAAGGACACAACAAUGGGCCUGAGGAUCUGGUCACAGUAUCUCUGUACAUUCAAAUGCCUUUAGUAAAAUGUACCUGUGUUUGUUGUCCAUAACAUAUGCCUGCCCAUACCAUAUAGCCCACCGCCGGCUCCAUGCGCCACUUGAUCCACAACGUUGACUUCAGCAAACCACUCAUCCACUCAAUGCAGUACACGCUGUCUGCCAUCUGCCCCAUGCAGUGGAGAUCAGAGUUCGUCCGUGAAGAGAACAUCUCUCCAACAUACCAGAUGCUGUUGAAUGGGAGCGUUUGACCAGUCAGGUCCAAGCAGUGAAGAUGAUGAGCUUGCAGAUGAGCUUCCCUGAAACACUUUCUGACAAUUUGAGCAGAAAGUCUUCGGUUACUGACUGUUGCAGCGGCAGCGGUCCAGGCGGCUGGACUCAGACCAUCUUGGAGGUGAAGAUGCUGAAUGUUCCAGUCCUGGUCUGGUAUUGGUUACACAUGGUCUCUGACUGUAAGGCUGGUUGGAAACACUACCAAAUUCUGCUUUGGAGGUGGCUUAUUGUAGACAAAUUAACAUUCAAUUAACAGGUAACAUUUGGUGGACAUAAUAUCCACAGCCAACAUCUUGAUCUGUGAGGUGGAGGAAUUUUCUCAGUCAAAGAGAAGUGCUCACAAACACAGAUUUCGAUUACUUUGUGCAAAAAAGGAAUUUUGUUUAUGUAGAGAAAUUCUUUAAUCUUUAUGUUCAGCUCAUGAAAAAUGAGAGCAAAAACAGGUGUUGCAUUUAUAUUUUUAUUCAGUGUAAACUUACACUAAAUGAAAUGUCACUGCAUAUUAUGUUGCUGUAAUAGCAGCCAGAGAAUGAGUUACCUAAUAAUUAACU